AUGUCACGCUCUCGUCUACCACCAACCCCUGCCAUGUCGGGGGAGUUCAUAGUCAAGGACAAUGCAUCGGUGGACGCUUCAGAUCCAUUCGCAUUGCCUCCAGCUGCCAUUAGUCCAUCCAAGAUGCAAGCUGCUAGCAGAAGGCCAUCCAAAUCAAAUCCAUCCGCUUCCUUUCCAGCGUCUCCAGCAUCGCCGAAUCCUGCACUGGGUAUCAUGGCAAAUUCCCCGCGUCAGACGGGUGUCAAGAGACCUCUCGAAGACUUUAACCUUCCACCACCCCCCACACGCACUCGCAAAAUCAUUCAGAUGAAGCCCAAGACGCAAAGUCCGCCAAAGCCGACCGCAGCAGCCAGCAAAGCAUCCACAAAAGAGAAUGGCAAAACGCCAGCAAAUAAUGGUGCCUCGACCAAUUCCAAGAAGAAACAACCCAGCGCAACUAGUGCAGCGGGCCGAAAGAUAGCUAGGAAGACAGCUCACAGUUUGAUCGAACGGAGGCGGAGGUCUAAAAUGAAUGAAGAAUUUGGAACCCUGAAAGACAUGAUCCCGGCGUGCAAAGGACAGGACAUGCACAAACUCGCCAUUUUACAGGCAAGUAUUGAUUACGUCAAUUACCUGGAACAAUGCAUACUCGAUCUGAAAACUGCCGGUAAUCGACACACAAUUGCCUCGCCGCGAAUGCCUCCUGCCCCUCCUUCACCAACGUCUCCGGAGGCUCUGGCAGAAGAGUCGGGCCUUUCAUCGGCUUCCAUGUCUCCGGAACUACCUCCCACCGAUGCUGCCACGGAUGCAAUCUCCCCGGCGUUUUCUCCCCGAAGUGGUGGUCCUACCGGGAAUGCACCCAAUUUUUCGUCCAUCACACCAAGCCCGGCACUGGGCCCAACCCACCCAUCCGACAAUCCGUCGCGUUCUGAGCGUGGCUCCUGGGCUAUGUCUUCUUCCAGCACCUCCCCAGUGAUCCAGCCUAGGUAUUCCAUAGCGUCUUCCGCCGAUGUGGAUCACGAAGCCUCCGCUGCCCUACUAAUGCUGAACCGGGACUGCCGGGGAUCUGUCGGCUCGGUCCACGACGUGCCCACCAAUUCCACUACCCGGCAUGAGAAUCCCCACACCCAGGACCCACAAAGGAAGAUCGGGAUGAGCGUUAAAGACUUGCUUAUCUCCUAG